UCUAUGCAUACAACGCUAUCAUGUGUUGAUAUGAUUAAUAAAAAAAAUUCGCGAUAACCUAGUAAUCAGAUGUCCGUACACGUGUAUCUUAUCAAAUAUAUGUAUUGUGUAAUUUUACUCGAUGAUUGUAAGAAAAUCAAACAUGCUUUAUUAAAUAUUUCUUAGAGGACUGCAACGAAAGUUCUAAAUAACUUUAAAGUUUUGAAGAAGAUAUAACGUUAACGCGAGAAAUUGGAUGCUGUUCUGGCAUUUUCAGCGAUACGUAUUAUCAGUAAAGUUUGUGGCACCACCUGAUAUAUGUACAUAUAUAUACAUAUAAGAGAAAUAUUCGGCCGGAGAUGUUCCUCAGAAUAUAUUCACUAUGCGUUCUAGCAUUAGACAUCAUGAUGCUUGUCGUUGGAAUAUGUUGCACGAUUCUGAUUGCAGUCUAUAGAAUGUUUAGACCACCAUCUUUGAAGAAUCUUAAUUUUGAAAUUGCUGUGAUUGUAGGUGCAGGACGUGGAGUAGGUAGAGAACUUGCUUUACAGUUAUGUCAGUUUGGUGUUGUGGUCGCCUGUAUAGAUAUUGAUGUUCAAACUUGUGUUGCCACUGUACAAAAUGCUCGUCAGAUACAUGGAAUAUGUAAAAGUUAUCAGUGUGAUGUGAGGGACAAGGAAGCAGUUGCUCGAACUGUAAACCUUAUUAAGAAUGAAUUGGGAGACAUUACAAUGCUCUUUCAUUGCUGUGGUUUGCCCAGUCCACGCACAUUAGUUCAAGCAUCAUCAGAAAUAAGGGAUACUAUGGAUUUAUCAGUCAUUAGUCAUUUUUGGUUAUUGGAUUCAGUUUUACCAUGUAUGCGACAUGCUGGUAAGGGUCACAUCAUACUCUUGUCUUCUGUCGCUGGUCUUUCCAAUGGAUCGAGUGGUCGUGGAACCAGAGUUCCCUUAUCCACUGCUCAAUUUGCAGUACAAGGAUUAGCUGAGUCUUUACAUAUGGAAUUGAGACAUUUAAACAGUAAUAUCAUUGUUUCAUUAGUUCAUGUUUAUCCAUUUAUUGUUGGAAGGGAAGCUGCAAAAGAUAUACGUUUCAGAAUACCAAGUUACUUCGGUACAAUGUCUGCUGCAGAAGCAGCUAGACAAAUUUUAAAUGGCGUUCGUCGAAAUUAUGCAGAAUUCAGCGUACCAGGAUAUCUGUUUUAUUUCGGUCAUAUUCUUAGAAUUCUUCCAAAAAAAGCAUCUUUUAUGUUGCGAGAUUUGUUAGAUUCUGGAGUUGAUUUUGCAUGAUAUUACGUACAAGUAAUAUUUUGUUAAUAUUUUUUUGAUAUUUUAUUGCGAUAUUUCAUGUAUUUUGUUAUUUAAUGUAGAAAUUAAAACUGCAGUUAAUCUUU